UUCUUUAGUCGGGAUAGUGCAGUGGUUUCGUGUAUUGAAAAUCUUGUAUUCCAGUGGAAAAUGUGGUAGUGUGACCAGGAGAUGACGCCCAAUGUGCGAUUCUACGGGAAUAAAUCGGGUUUUUAGAUCUUUGGAAGUUAUUGAAGUUUUAAUUAAUUUAAAAAAUAGGUUAGGAAGAUGGGUUAGGGUGGGGAAUAAGAAAGGAGUCGAUGGGAUCAAAGUGACUUGGUGCUGUGAUGUGUGAAAAGUGUUGAAGUGAUAACCGGAGUUUCAGUGUUGUGAACUUGCUGGGAAAUAACGGAGAUGGCAGGUGGUGUGUCAUCUUUGGAGAGGAUGUAAUUUUGAAAGCUGCAGGGAUGGAGUGUUGAAGCAGUUGAGAGGAUUAACAGCGAGAAUGGAGCUAUUGCAGUAAACGGAGUAGAGAGGAGAAGAGUACCACGAUGGUACUUACUGUAACUGAAGAUACACCAGCAGACAUGCUCACUGGAAGCAUGGAGCUACUGGUCCAAUUACCGAGGGACCAUCAUGUUCACUCGCAGAGAGUCACGGUCGAACGAAGUACUGCAAUGAUGGAUCUGCUGGUGCAAAUAGCAACGGCCCACAAAUUGGCAGCCUCGAGUUACACCCUGCAAGCUAUAGGAGAACGUGGACUUGUUCUGCCCCAUCAGCCAAACACUCCCAUUGGAGCAUUGGAUGCUCUUCAGGUUAAAUUGCUACCGAAACAGGGUACAUUUGUUCCACGGAAAGCCAAACAGCCGAAUCAACCGUUUGAAACGACUUUCAGAUUGCAGGUGCAUUUGCCGAGAAAUCAGUUGUACGUGUCGCGAGUGAGUCCCAAGAUGAAUCUGAGGGAAAUUCUUGAGGAGGUGUGCAGAGAGAAAAAUCUGGACAGAAACAAAUAUGAGCUUCGACAUCCAGGAAAUCAUCAGGAGGUACUGGACCUAUCCCUGUCACUACAAGAUUAUCACCUCCAGGAGGUAACAUUGUAUGCAAAACAGGGGCAGAUCCUGGGGUCUGCGUUGAGCUCGCAGGAUAUAAUGGCACUUCAGCGACAAGAGGACAGACGCCGUCAGCAGGCAAAGAGUGUCUUUGGAUUUAUGUUCAGAAAAUCAAAGGAGUCAUCUGUGAGUACAGAUAGUCUUGGUGGGAGGUCUGUAUCACCAGCCCACAGUGAUGAGACUGCGAGGUCUGUCAGCCCAUUGGCACCACCAACCAGACCUCAACGUAAACGACGACCCGCCCCCAAUCCACCAGUUAAAACCACAAUGCAGAAUAACAAUAAUGACCAUCCCAAAGAUGGAAACAAAGAGAAACUCGUUAUUAGUCACAGUCGUAACAGCAGUGACAGCUCUGGUUAUCAUGAGGCAUCUGUACUCAGUGAUAAUCCGGAUUCUGCGGCGAGAAUGCCGGAGACACUGCCAAGGCGAAGCAAACCACCUGGUAAAUUUGAAAUACGUAAACUCGCACACACGUCUCAGGCAAGCAAGAGUCUCAGCAAUCUUGCUCUGACCUCAGCAUCUUUGAGUCACGCAACUAGCAAUACAUCACUCAGCUCAACUGGUGUACGGAAGAAGCGAGCGGCUCCACCACCUCCUCUCAAUCGUCCCCUGUCCUCUGCGAUCUCAACUCAAGCACUGGAACGCAUUGUUGACUCUGAAGAGUCUUUAACGUCAGACAUGGGUAUAUCAAAACCUUCAUCAGAUAUCGAGACGAGUUCAAAGGCAAAUUCAGAUAUAGCCGUUGGCAGUCGCACACCUGGCGAUUUCUACCACAAGCCCGAAACCCACAGUGCGAAAGUCACGCCUGAGGACGAGGAGAAGACGUGCCAAGUGUCUGAUAGUAGAAAGUCCCGCAUUUCCGAUCCGCUGCACAAUGUAGAAUCUGCUAGAAUAGCCAAAAGAGUUGAUGAGUCACGACCCAUUCCCAAACCUCGUAAAGUGCCUCCAAAAGUACCAGAGCGUAGAGUUAAUCCUGUCGAGUCAUCAGUAUCAACCGACAAAGUAGAUAGUUCCCCAGAGCGUACGCCCACUGGAGCAGUUAAUCCCGAAGUUGAUACAAUCGAAGAGCAAAUAAACCCAGCCAUACUGACAAACGCAAGAGAGAAAAUUCUUCAAAAGAGUGAAGAUGUCAGUCAAGAAUCACAAAUUGAUGGUUGCAGUCCCGACUCAUCGUCGAGAGUAGACGAUCAGCCGGUUCCAGAGGAAAAUACCCAGGAAGACCUUCUGGAGGAAAUUUAUAAGGCAGAAGUGGAAAACGAGACGGCCCUCAGGGUUUUAGACGAUUCACUGAGAGGAGAACUGGAUACUGACCCUGAAGACUCAGAUGGCAACAGCUCUUCGGCUUCAGGGAGAUCCUGCACAGUGAUAUCUACGAUUCCCAAGUGCUGUCACCUGACAUCUCCAGAGAUAUCUCCGAAAAUAGAGGAUGCAGUGGAGAAAAUACUGGAGAAUAAUCAGAUCCUUGCCACAGCUGACGACAAACUGGUGGAGAAAGUCGAGAGGAAAACUAAUAAGUCCAGGGUAUUCAGGAGUCAGUCCUCCUUUGGUGAUUUUAAUGUUACGAGGGGACUCGAGAGGAACUCAAGACCCACCAAUUCACAUCCAGAUAAUUUCAAUUGUGCAUUCAAUCCGAAUUUCACUGGGGGAAUUCUCAAUGGGAGCGAUGAGGAAAAUGGAAAAUCCAGGGAAGAUGGAAAAAUUCUGAAGAAUCAAACACACGAGCUGGAGUAUCCGGCGUUUAUAACACAUGGCACUAAUCUCGCAGGACAGCACUCCCUGGGGCUGGGAAAACCAGAUAAAGACGAGACGCUUUCAGACACAGAUAUUCUUCUGCAGCGAGUCUCUACCACUCUGUCCUCCGUAUUGCCAUCCCCUCAGGAUGUUCCCUCCACACCGAACCCCGCAGAGGGUGGAAAAACCUCCCCUUCUCCCAGAUCCUCUCCAAAUCCGAUCUCCCAUCACGACACAUCGGACUACGUUUCAGCCUCCGGAGAAGAUCUCGUGGGAACCGACUGGGAGUACCAACUGCCAGAUCCCCCCUCAGCCUUCCGAGACUCUUCAUCCCCAGAGCCCGGUGGUUACGACACCAUAACCCUGGGUUCUGUGGAGGCCUUCAAGGACCCCAUAGCCAUCGUCGAAUCCUCGACUACUCCAGAAGACAUUCCCCCAGUCCCCGCCAAGGCCAAACCUACCUCUCCCCCUCCAAAACCUACUCAAAUUCCUCAGGAAAUUCACCAGGGUGAAAUAUCCCAGGACCUCAAGAAAGACAUAAUUUCAGAGCUGUCAACAAAGAUAGAGAAUGGCCUGAUGCCCCUGAAGAUUCCAGAGGAAUCGAAGAAAACUUUUAACAAAUCGAGCCCUCGUCUAGCCCCAGUGGACAACACUCUCUCCAACUUCACGAUAACGACGUACUCCAAUCAGAAAAGCCCCAACAUCUACGAGGAGACAGAUUCUUCUGAAAACGUCUUUCCAAAUCCCUCUGACGAGAGAAUUGUCAAGACCUUUGCCACUCUCUCUCGAAACCGCUCACUCUACCCCAAAGAACCUCUCCCCCUGCCUUCCAAAGAACCCAAGUCCAGAUCCAUCGAGAUGAGAGGCAUCACCAGGGCUCAGAGUGUUGAGGAGAUUGACUCGCCGGAUAGUGAAAGCAAAUCGAAACCCCUGAAGCCUGUGGAGAGGUUCAAUAUGGCUCUCAGGCACCAGAGCGAUCAGAAAUCGUCAGCUGUUCAUAGAUCCAAGAGCUACAUCGUCCUCUCGAACACUUCCAAGUACAGGGAAGUCCAGAAACCAACACCUGACGCUGAAAAAAUGUUCAAGUCCACCAGUUACACGAAUUUGAAUCAGGAAGAUGAGCUGCAAUCUGUCCAGGUGCUCAAGAGCAUUCUACCACAGCUAGAGUCCACUCUACCAGGAAAAUCUGGGGUAUCAGAACAGAAAGAGGAACCCAAACGCUGCAAAUGGGCACCACCUGCCAUCUCCUUGGGGAGCUGGUCUGAACGUCCCUCCAUCAAUGUCCAGAUCAAACACGACACCGAUUACAAAUUUAAUCACAAUAAAUCGAAAGGAACAACUGUCGUCAGUCUCAACUCCAGUAAUGAUGUUGUCAAUUACGAGAGACCAGCCAAGACUUUACCAAAGAAAUCGUUUGCUUAUGAUCAGCCCAGGAAUGAUAAUCUCAACUUCACGAAUAACGAAGUGGAGAUACACUCGAUCAAUGAGAAACAGGAGGUGAAGAACCUCCAGGAGAAGUUGUCAAAUAAUCUGGAACAAUCGAGAAAUUUUUCCAAUGGGAAAAUCGAGGAAAAUGGAGCGCCUGAUGAAGAUAUUAAGAUCGAUACGAGACCAGUGAAUUUCAGGAAAUUGACUCAGGCUUUUGGUCAAGUGAAUCUGAGGAGCCGAUCCAAGUUCAGUCCCCAGAAUCGUCAUUCUGAUUAUUUCGAUUCUCGUCAGGAGGUCAAGCAAGAGCCAGUGAAGAGUGAUUGGCCCAAGGUGAAACGAUAUACUUCUAUUGUGGGAAUCAAUCCUCAGGGGAAUGGACUCAAGAGCGAUGUUCUGAGGAUUAAUCCUGGUAAGAGUGGCCCUGCGCCGGUUGUCAAGGGUUUCAAGGAAUUGGGGAAUAAUUUUACUGUGCCUCCACCACCUACGAUGCCAGUUAUAACUGGUGUUACGCUGAAGAGCUCGAAACCCAGACCUGUGUCAACUCCUCUUUAUCAGGAUCCCAGGGAUCAGCUCCUCGAGUCCAUCAGGAACUUCGGGAGGGAGAAACUCAGGAGUGUCAGUAGUGUCUCUUAAAGAGACUCUUCUGUGUGAAUAAAAAGGUUUUUAUUGGUUGAAGAUGUUUUAUUCUCGAAGAUUUUUAGGAGUUGAUCUGGGAGAAUUUCGUUUCCACAUUUUUUUUGGAAGUUCAUUUUUGGGAAUAAUCCGUUUGGGAUUCCCCGGCUAUCUGUUCAAAAUUUGUUAAAUUCAUUCGUUUUUUUUUCGUAGAGGUACAAAUAUAGAAGAAAAUCGGAGACAAAAAUAUCGUAAAUAUGAUUUUCAGGAAUUUGUUUCAAUGUCUAAUUCGUAUAUUAUUAAUAUUAUUGAUUGAUGGAAAAACUUGGUUUUGAGGCUUCUACCAACAGAUAUUUCGAGACGAUGUGAGAUUGACGAUUGAAAGUUGUAGGAUUCGAAAGCUACGGAGGUUUUUCUGUGAAAAAUAUCUCCACGUUUUUUCCUACUUCAAUAAUCGACAAGAACUGAUGACAAGUUGUUCUGCUGUCCUCAACAGCUCUGCAGUUUUCUAAUUCAAUAUUCUUCAAUCUAGCAGUAUCUCUCUUUUAUCUGUGACUACGAUACUAAAUCCAGCUUCCACAUUUUUCUCCAUCAAAAUUCUGCGAUUUGCGUUAAUUAUUCGAGUAUCUGAGAUGUAAAUAAUUAUUUUGUUACGAGAAUGCAUGAAGAUAUUUCGGUGCUACGGAAAAAUCAAUUAAUACCAUAUGGAAAUAAUUAUCAAAUCCACAUUUCUUAUUUUCGCCUGCAAAAAUUGAUUUCUUUUGUUCGUUAAACUAAUGAAAUUAAUUAACGAAACAAAUCAAUACAACAGGACAACGAAAUAAUCUGAGAAUGAAGUUUCUGUGGAUUUAUAAUUAUUCCAUUUUGAAUCCACGAUAAUUUGACGUUGACAUUAUGUUAGUUCUUUGUGUAAAAAAUAAUUGUUUUAUUUUAUGUCCUUAGUUAUCCAGUAUUCCUUAUUGCUCAUGUGCAGACUAACGCUUACCCCCAAUUUCAUUGGUUUUUAUUCAAUGUAAAUCCGUUUGAUCCUUUGGUUACAGUUAUUUACGUUACAUUAUGCCAAAGUUGGUGGGAACGGAUAGAAUCGAGUAAUGAAUUAACCAUUGAUGAGAAAAUCGUGCAGAACGGGACCAAAGGUUUAUUAUUAAUGAUUGAAUUAUUUUUUAUCGAUUACGUUAUAUAACUUAAAAAAAUGAAGGGGAGUUUUUACAGUAGAAUAGUUUUUUUUUGAGAAGUGAAGUUGUCCCUUGUAAAAAUGCUGGUCAGUCGAGUGAUAAACAAAACUAAAGAUGUAGUAAAAUUAUGGAAAUCGAGAAGUUAAUUGGAUGUUAUCGAGUUAAUGGAAUUGAGGAAUUGCUCAAGUGUGGUGUUGUUAGAGUUCAGGCAUUAUAUUUUCGAUUGUUAAUUCGAUCAAUCCAGGGGAUUUUUCACAUCCCACACCUUGAGCCAAUUCGAGGAAUGUACAUAAAUUUAUUUUAAGGCCAUUGUUAGUACCAAUGUUCAUUGAGGAAUUUAAUGCUUUCGAUGGUAUUUCUAUCGAGGAGGGAUCAAUCGAUGUAUAAAAUUUAUGUAUUUAUUUGUCCCAAUGUGUAUUAAAAUUAUUCGAUAAUCAA